UUAGUGGACCAGCAGGCGCGAGCGCAAAUGGCGACGAAUGGCGCACAAAUUUCCGCUGACUCACGUGUGUAUAAAAACAACGCCAAUCCUCCUCGUUUCUCCCGCACAACAUUAUUGUUUCAGAGACUCUUCUCCCGAAGCACCAGGGCCCCCCCGCACUCCCAGGUCGCAGAAACCCCCCACCAAUCCCCCGAAAUAUUGGGACCUUUUGAUUCACGAGAACAGGUCACCCUGACCCUCUUCUCUCCCUCCUCUGCUCUCAUGUCCUCAGGUAGCGAUUUCCUCGUCCAACCCAUCUUUGUUCAUGGCUUUUCUGGUUCUCUGCACCUGGUGCUGUUGCUUGCCCUGCUCGUCUCGUGGGUUUACAAGAAAAUAAGGGCAGGGCAUGGUGAGGGUCCAAAGGGGAGUCGCGGGAGGGGGAGAGGUGUCUUGUAUAAGCUGACUCUUUGUUGGGCCCUGGGCGUGUCUCUGUUCAAUCUCGCCUUGUGUGUGCUGAACUAUUUUUAUUGGUAUAGAAAUGGCUGGUCGGACGUGAGACUGGUCUCCCUUGUGGAUUCAGCUGUCACGACUCUUGCUUGGGGGCUGAUGUGUGUUUACCUGCACGGUCGCAACUCUGAUUCUGGCGAAUCCAAGUUCCCUUUCCUGUUAAGAGUUUGGUGGGGCUUCUACUUCUCUAUUUCCUGUUAUUCCCUUGUUUUAGACGUCAUUCGAUAUGAGAAACACGUUGGCUUGUUGCCGGUUCGGGAUUUUGUAUCCGACGUAAUCUCUGUCUUGACCGGUUCGUACUUCUGUUAUGUGGGGUUCUUCGGGAAAAAUGAGGUUGAAGAGAACCUCCUUGAAGAGCCCCUUUUAAAUGGGAAUAAUUUGAUUUCAAGUAAUAGGGAUGGUGUGGGGUUGAAUAAGUUUAGAGGGAGCGAUGCGGUAACCCCUUAUUCUAGAGCUGGUAUACUUAGCAUAGUUACUUUCUCUUGGAUGAGUCCUCUUAUUUCCAUUGGGAAUAAGAAAACCUUGGACCUUGAGGAUGUUCCUCAACUUGAUUCUGGCGAUAGUGUGGUAGGGGCUUCUCAACACUUCAGAAGCAAGCUUCGGUUCAAUGGUGAGGCUAGCGAUAAAGUGACUACGUGGAGGCUGGUGAAGGCAUUGUUCUUGUCUGUGUGGAGACAAAUUCUUUCGACAGCAGUUUUUGCGCUUCUUUAUGUGUUGGCUUCUUAUGUUGGCCCAUACCUCAUUGAUACCCUUGUUCAAUUUCUUAAUGGGCGACGCCAAUACAAAAAUGAAGGCUAUUUGCUAGUUUCAGCCUUUUUAGUGGCGAAGCUUGUUGAGUGCCUGUCACAGAGGCAAUGGUUCUUCAGGUUACAGCAGGUUGGGAUUAGGAUGCGAGCAGUGGUCGUUGCCAUGAUGUAUGACAAGGCAUUGACCCUUUCGUGCCAGUCAAAACAGGGCCAUACUAGUGGAGAGAUCAUCAAUUUCAUGUCUGUUGAUGCCGAGAGGGUGGGUGACUUUGCUUGGUACAUCAACGACCCAUGGAUGGUGCUUUUGCAAGUAGCUUUGGCUUUGGGGAUCUUGUACAAAAAUCUCGGACUCGCCAGUAUUGCAGCUUUCGUGGCCACUGUGCUUGUUAUGUUAGCAAAUGUUCCCUUAGCUAAGUUGCAGGAGAAGUAUCAGGACGGAAUGAUGAAAUCGAAAGAUAAAAGGAUGAAGGCAACUUCAGAGAUUCUCCGGAACAUGAGAAUUCUGAAGCUUCAGGGAUGGGAGAUGAAAUUCUUGUCGAAGAUUUUUGAGCUUCGAAAUGCCGAGAUAGGAUGGUUGAAGAAGUUCGUUUACACUCAAGCAAUGACCUCUUUCGUUUUCUGGGGCGCACCCACCUUUGUUUCCGUCGUCACUUUCAGCGCAUGUAUGUUGAUGGGGAUCCCGCUUUCUUCUGGAAAAAUCUUAUCAUCCCUCGCAACGUUUAGGAUCCUCGAAGAGCCCAUCUACUGUCUUCCUGACUUGAUAUCAAUGAUAGCUCAGACAAAGGUCUCACUCGACAGAAUAGCAUCUUUCUUGUGUCUUGAUGAUUUGCAGAAUGAUGUUGUCGAGAGGAUUCCUCAGGGAAUUACUGACACAGCAGUUGAGAUAAUUGGUGGGAAUUUUUCCUGGGACUUGGCUUCGUCUAAUCCCACACUUAAGGACAUAAAUUUGAAGGCACAAAGGGGCAUGAAGAUCGCUGUUUCUGGUACUGUCGGCUCAGGAAAAUCAAGCUUGCUUUCCUGCAUUCUGGGAGAAAUGCCAAAGAUAUCUGGGACCCUCAGGCUGUGUGGAACUAAGGCUUAUGUCGCUCAAUCUCCAUGGAUUCAGAGUGGCAAGAUCAUCGACAACAUCUUAUUUGGUAAGGAGAUGGACAAAGAGAGAUAUGAAAGGGUCCUUGAAGCAUGCUCCUUGAAGAAGGAUUUGGAAAUUCUAUCACACGGCGAUCAAACAGUCAUUGGAGAGAGAGGAAUAAAUCUGAGUGGUGGACAAAAGCAAAGAAUUCAGAUUGCUCGUGCGGUCUACCAAGAUGCGGACAUUUACUUAUUCGACGACCCUUUUAGUGCUGUGGAUGCUCAUACAGGAUCUCAUCUCUAUAAGGAAUGCUUGUUGGGCCUUUUACGUACCAAAACUGUGAUUUACGUAACUCAUCAAGUGGAAUUCUUGCCCGCGGCUGAUUUCAUACUGGUUAUGAAGGAUGGAAGGAUUACGGAAGCAGGAAAAUACAACGAUAUACUUCAUGCAGGGACAAAUUUCAUGGAACUUGUAGGUGCACAUGAGAAAGCUUUGUCAGAGGUAGAUUCCAUACAAGACACACCGGCAAAUCGAGGAUCUAGUAGCAGUGUUCAAAAUGGCAGUGCGGAUGCUAAUGGGAAGAUUCCCGAGGAGGACGAAAGCAAAGCUUCUCAGAAAGGUGAAGUCAUCGACGAUAUUGGGACCAAAGGGCAGCUUGUUCAAGAUGAAGAAAGAGAGAAAGGUAGAGUCGGAUUUACAGUGUACUGGAAAUACAUCACAAUGGCAUAUGGAGGAGCUCUUGUGCCUGUCAUAUUGCUGGCACAUAUUCUUUUUCAGCUUCUUCAAAUAGGAAGUAAUUAUUGGAUGGCCUGGGCGACUCCAGUGUCCGAGGAUGUCAAACCUGCCGUUACAGGAUCAACUCUAAUAGCAGUCUAUGUAGCUUUGGCUGCUGGCAGUUCUCUAUGUGUUCUUGCAAGAGCUACUGCUCUUGCAAUUGCUGGGUUCAAGACAGCAACCGAGCUCUUCAAUAGGAUGCACUUUUGUAUUUUCCGUGCUCCAAUGUCCUUCUUCGAUUCUACUCCAAGCGGAAGAAUCCUCAAUAGGGCUUCUACAGACCAGAGUGCCGUGGAUACAAGCAUGCAAUAUUUAGUUGCAGCAUUUUGUUUCACGAUGAUCCAGCUCCUUGGAAUUAUCGCUGUGAUGUCUCAGGUUGCAUGGCAGGUUUUCAUAAUUUUUAUCCCUGUUAUUGCAAUCUGUGUGUGGUAUCAGCAAUAUUACAUAUCUUCUGCACGAGAAUUGUCAAGGUUGGUUGGGGUGUGCAAAGCUCCAGUAAUACAGCACUUUGCUGAGACAAUUUCAGGAGCCACCACUAUUAGAAGCUUUGAUCAAGAAUCACGGUUCCAAGAUACAAAUAUGAAACUUGCCGAUGGAUACUCACGGCCCAAGUUUCAUAUUGCUGGGGCAAUGGAAUGGUUGUGUUUUCGCCUAGACAUGCUAUCCUCGAUUAUUUUUGGCUUUUCUUUGAUUUUCCUAGUCUCUGUUCCUGAGGGAUUUAUCGAUCCAGCCAUUGCGGGGUUGGCCGUGACCUAUGGGCUUAACCUAAAUAUGUUACAAGCUUGGGUGAUUCGGAAUCUCUGCACUAUGGAGAACAGAAUCAUAUCAGUUGAGAGGAUACUGCAGUACACCAGCAUUCCGAGUGAGCCCCCUCUUAUAUUAGAGGAAAAUCACCCGUCAAUCUCUUGGCCAUCACACGGAGAGAUCAACAUUUGCCAUCUGCAGGUCCAAUAUGCUUCACACUUACCCCUUGUUCUGCGGGGAAUUACAUGCACUUUGCCUGGUGGAAUGAAAACCGGGAUCGUGGGGAGAACUGGAAGCGGUAAAUCAACCCUUAUGCAAGCACUCUUCAGGAUUGUGGAACCUGCAGCUGGUCAAAUCAUGAUCGACAAUGUCAAUAUUUCCUUGAUUGGACUGCACGAUUUGAGGUCUAGACUGAGCAUAAUCCCUCAGGACCCAACCAUGUUUGAAGGAACCAUAAGAAGCAACUUGGACCCUCUGGAGGAGUACACAGAUGAGCAGAUUUGGGAGGCCCUGCAUAAGUGCCAACUUGCAGAGGAGGUCCAGAAGAAGGAAGGAAAAUUAGAUUCUGCUGUUAUUGAGAAUGGAGAGAACUGGAGCAUGGGUCAGAGGCAGCUCGUGUGUCUUGGGCGCGUGCUGCUCAAGAAAAGCAAGAUCCUAGUGCUCGAUGAAGCUACCGCAUCCGUUGACACAGCUACUGAUAAUCUGAUACAGCAAACUCUGAGGCAGCACUUUGCUGACUGUACAGUUAUAACUAUUGCACAUCGUAUCACUUCUGUUCUUGAUAGUGACAUGGUUCUUGUUUUAGAUCAUGGGCUGGUGGAAGAAUAUGAUUCUCCGAAGAGAUUACUGGACAACAAGUCAUCGUUUGCGCUGCUGGUGGCGGAAUACACAAUGAGAGCAACCUCCAAUUACGGGAAUUAACUGGAAUGCAGUAUGAUUGCAUUGGAAUAGUUCCUCUGAUGAUGAUGAAAAGUGUGACUGGCCUUCUAUGUCAUCUGUCAUGUUCUUGUUUUAUUAUAGGCAAGUCAUUCUUGAUUGGUUGCUGUAGUGUAUGAGGCUACUAUGAGAGAGUAGGCAUAAAUUAAGCUCGAGGAAGGCUUAAAUUACACUAAUGUUGUCAUGCAUGCAAUCUUAAAUGUACUUUAAUUGCGGGCUUCAGAUUGCUUAGGAGAAAACUCACUAAUGCAUUUGAUGUACUUUUUGAUGGAACUGGCAUUCAAUAAAUCGUCUACUUGGUAUUUUGCUUC